AUGUUCAACCGCCGCCUGCAGAAAAACUUCCAGGCGUUCGCCAGCAACGGCAUCUUCACGUCCAGCACCACGGACCCGGACUGGGCGUCGGCGCACGGACUGCUGCCGCGCUUCUUCAACGCCCUCAAGGUCAAGGCCUUCUACGGCACCAUCCUUGACAAGACGCGGGUGUUCAUGCACGAGUGGUCCAAGAGGGUCGCGGCUGCGGGCCCCGAGGGGGCGCUGCUGGAGCACGCCAACGACUGGUUCGCCUGCAUGACGGCCGACGCUGUGGUCAAGUGCGCCAUCGGCCUGGACAUGCGCAACGUGGAGCGCAAGGGCGCGGGCGAGGCGCUGCACCCCUUCAUCGCCUGCUUCCGCGGCGGCAUCGGCGCGCUGCUGGGCCACGCGGACCUCAAAAAGGAGAUGGGCCUGUCCUACUACAACCCCCUGGCGUCCAAGAAGGACGCGCUGCACAGGAUUGUGCUGCGGCGCCGCGAGGAGGCAGAGGCCAUGGUGUCAGACAUGGUGGAGAAGACGAGGAGGGGCGAGAUUGGCGAUGCCAACUCUGUCAUCGGGGCGAUGCUGAACGACAAGGCCCCCAACACGGGGGAGUACGUGAGGCUGCAGGCCAUCUACGGCCACGUCAUCAACCUCAUGGUCGCGGGGCACGAGACCACGGCCACCACCCUGGCCUGGACGCUCUACUACCUCUCAAAGAAUCCCGCCUGCGAGGCAAAGGCCCUCGCGGAGAUCAGGGACGUGCUGGGCGACGCCACUGAGCCGACCGCGGACCACAUCCCGCGGCUGCCGUACCUGGAGGCCUGCUUCAGGGAGGCUCUGCGCCUGCAUCCCGCCGUCACAGCCAUCGCGCGCGACGCGGCCGCAGACACCCUCCUCAAGGGCAAGUGGCUGGUGCGCCGGGGGCAGCGCGUCAACAUCAACCUGGUGGCGCUGCAGCGCAGAGAGGACCAGUGGGGCGGGCCCUUCGGCGACCCCAGCAGCUUCAACCCGGAGCGCUUCAUGCCCGGCGCCUGCGAGGCGGCCGGCCUGCCGCCGCGCCACCCCCAGGCAAGCCACUAG